AUGGUUCGCCUUCUAGCUAUUUUCUUUUCCGCUCUUACAUUCAUGGGCGUAUCUGCGCAAACACCAGGAACAACCGGCCAAUAUGUUCUCGACACUAUCGCCGCACUGCAAGCCAACGCUACCAAACUUCAGAUCGAGGCACAGAAGCUCAAUUCUCUUAGCUGUGCCCAGUAUCUCACUCGCACUGGUCCCUUCACAGCGAUUCUUCCAAUCUUGGAGGACAUCAAGGCCGGUUUGCUUGUCGCUAAUCCAGUGAUGCGCUCACUCACCCCCCUGAACGAUUCAGUCUGCACUUCAGCCGACUUCGCAGUCUCUACAAGCAUUACAGCCAAGCUUGGAGGGGUGACGUCGUCUUUCGUACGCAGUCUUACCAGGCUGAGCGGCAAGGGACAGCUCAAUGCCUGCUCCCUAGUCCCGUCUGCUGCACAGGCUAUUCGCACGCCUCUGGAGCAGUUGAGCAUUGUUGUUCUGGAGUUUUACCUCAGUAUAUUUCCACUCACACCUUUCCAGGGAGACCCGCAGGCAGUGCAAUACAAUACGGUUCAGGAGUUGCUUGCUCUUGCUAUUGCGGCGUAUUCUCCGGUUGUUGGAAUUCUUCCGUAAAUCAAAACAUCGGCAUAUGGCGAGGGAAGGAUAUUGAUUCGAAAUAUUAUUUGCCAU